AUUUACCAUUUUAGCCAACUAAAAGGUUUGUAAGGUUGUGUGAAGUACGGUGACAGAGAAGAAUAUCAAAACAGCGGAAAGAGAAUGGGUGCCACAGCGGCGUCGUUUCAACCCCGUCUCCUCUCGACCUUCGUCGGCGACACGAGCUUCCUCUCGCCGGCUAAUUCACUCCACCGCCUUUUCCCCGGCAAACCAGGAAAUAAACAUUUACUGAUGCAAAGAGCGAGAACUUUUUCGGGAUUGUCAAAUUUCUUAUUUAACAGAAGAAACAUAAAUGCUAUUCCUAAUGGCAAGCGUGAACCUUUGAAGCCAGGAAAAGUCUCUCCUUGCAGACCAGUUCCUGAUCACAUACAAAGGCCCCCAUAUGUGAGUUCUAAGAAACCGCCUAAGGUUUCCAGUGUACCUCAAAUACAGGAUAAAAAUGGAAUUGAGAAGAUGAGAGCUUCUGGAAGGCUUGCUGCACAAGUCCUUCAGUAUGCAGGGACCCUAACCAAGCCAGGCAUCACAACGGAUGAAAUUGAUCAAGCAGUUCACGAGAUGAUCAUUGAAAAUGGAGCAUAUCCAUCACCUCUUGGUUAUGGUGGUUUUCCAAAGAGUGUAUGCACCUCUGUGAAUGAGUGCAUUUGUCAUGGAAUCCCUGAUUCAAGGCCACUUAAGGAUGGAGAUAUAAUCAAUAUUGAUGUUACUGUGUAUCUUAAGGGCUACCAUGGUGAUACAUCAGCUACUUUUUUUGUUGGAGAUGUUGAUGAGGAGGCCAGAAACCUGGUACAGGUGACCAAAGAUUGCUUGGAUAAGGCAAUAUCAAUUUGUGGCCCAGGAGUAGAAUUCAACAAAAUUGGCAAGACUAUACAUGACCUUGCAGAUAAGCAUCAUUAUGGUGUUGUCGAACAAUUCAUUGGCCAUGGUGUGGGACGGUUUUUUCAUAGUGAUCCAGUUAUUCUACAUUACAGGAACAAUGUCCGAGGACACAUGGUUCUCAAUCAGACUUUCACAAUUGAACCAAUGCUGACAAUUGGUAGCAUACAUCCUAUAAUGUGGGAUGACAAGUGGACUGCUGUCACAGAAGAUGGUAGCCUGUCUGCACAAUUUGAGCACACCAUUGUAAUAACACAAGAUGGUGCAGAGAUACUUACUCAAUGCUAAUAGCUAAAGGAGAUUCAUCUAGUAUUCUUGGCCAUGGAGUCAGAGAGCUUCCAUCUGAUUGUCCUUGUUAUUGUGACCCUACCUUAGCCAUGUACGGAGCAAUUCAUCUUUUGCAGAUAUGGACUUGAGAACUUAUCUCUAACGGUAAUUCAACUGUUUGAAUCAUUGCAUUUGAAGGUUGAA